AUCGCGGGGCGUGUAUCUUGCUGGGACACAGUGGAGGUCUAACCUUUGGUUUGCGGAGCGGUCGGGUGUAUUCUCCGCUGCCCCCACGCCCUCGAGGUCCCCGCCACCCGACCCAGCGGCGGAGCCCGCCCGCGCCAGCCGCGGCACCUCCCGCACCGGAUCGCUCCUCGCUGGGGCGGGACCUAGCCCGGCGGCUCCGGUCACUAUGAGUGAAACAUCUUUCAACCUAAUAUCAGAAAAAUGUGACAUUCUAUCCAUUCUUCGGGACCAUCCUGAAAACAGGAUUUACCGGAGGAAAAUCCAGGAACUCAGCAAAAGGUUCACCGCCAUCCGCAAGACCAAAGGGGAUGGGAACUGCUUCUACAGGGCCCUGGGCUAUUCCUACCUGGAAUCCCUGCUGGGGAAGAGCAGGGAGAUCUUCAAGUUCAAAGAACGUGUACUGCAGACUCCAAAUGACCUUCUGGCUGCUGGCUUUGAGGAGCACAAGUUCAGAAACUUCUUUAAUGCUUUUUACAGCGUGGUGGAACUGGUAGAGAAGGACGGCUCGAUGUCCAGCCUGCUGAAGGUGUUCAACGACCAGAGCACCUCGGACCACAUCGUCCAAUUCCUGCGCCUGCUCACGUCAGCCUUCAUCAAGAACCGAGCAGACUUCUUCCGGCACUUCAUUGAUGAGGAGAUGGACAUCAAAGACUUCUGCACUCAUGAAGUGGAGCCCAUGGCCACGGAGUGUGACCACAUCCAGAUCACGGCGCUGUCCCAGGCCCUGAGCAUCGCCCUGCAGGUGGAGUACGUGGACGAGAUGGAUACCGCCCUGAACCACCACGUGUUCCCUGAGGGCGCCACCCCUUCAGUUUACCUGCUCUAUAAAACAUCCCACUACAACAUCCUUUACACAGCUGAUAAACACUGAUUAAUUUUAGGCCAUGCAGUGGAACCUGUCACCUAAUGGGACUGCAUUCUGAAUGGAA